AUGCAAACAGAAACUAAGUCUGAUAGCAAUUUAUCAAAAAAAAAUGUAUAUGAAGAAAUGAUAAAUUUAAAAAAUGAUUUUGCUAUUUUAAUGGAAAAUAUAAACGAAGAAACAAAAAUUAGAGAAAUGAGGAAAGAAGAAAAUUUUGGUUUAUUAAAUUUAAAUUGUAAUGAAAUGUGCAAUGGCUCUAUAGAGGAAAAUGCAAUGGAAAAUAAAAUUUUAAUUGAGAAUUCAAAUGAAAAUAAUACGAAUGAUAUUUUUUGCAAUGAGAAUGAAGAUAAGUUAAAUGAAAAGGAAAAAGUUUUAAAUAAUGACAUAAAUAUAAAGAAUAUCACAGAAGAUAGUGAUGAAAAUAUCGAAGAUAAUAUUCAUAAUUUUAAUUUAAUUGAAAUUAAUAGCAGUAGGAGUGAAUCAAAGGAAGGGAAAUCAGAAGAUAAUAAAAUGAAAACGAAAAUUCAAAAUUUAUUAAAAUUAAUAAAUCUUUUAAAAUUACAAAUAAAUAAAAAAGACCAAGAAAUUUAUAAUAUGGAAAUAGAUUUAAAGUUGAAAGAAAAAAAUGAUGAGAAAGGUUUCAAUAUAUAUGAUGUAGAAGAAGACAGUAAUAAUUUAGAAAAAUCAGAUGGAGAAAAUUUUUUAGUAAAUAGAAUGAAAAGUAUGCUUAUAUCUCAAAAUGAAGAAAUAACAGCUUUAAAUGAAGAAUUAAAAAAAAAAUCUCAAGAAAUAUUUUAUUUAACUCAAGAAAAUACUGCAAAAAAUGAAAAAUUAGUUGAAUUAAAAAAAGAAAUAGAAACCAAUUAUAUGUACUUAAAAGAAUAUAGAAGUUUUCAAAAAGAGUUAGAAAUGGAUGUAAAUAAUAAAAUUUAUAAUGCAGAAAAUUAUUUAAACAUAACAAAUCAAAAAUUAAAAGAAAAUAAUAUUAAUAUAAAAGAAAAAAAUUUAAAUAUUGAAAAGCAAAGAAGAAUAAUAAAAGAAUUAAAUAAUGAAUUAAAAAAGAAAGAAGAAAAAAUUUGUGAAUUAAGAGAUAUGAUUGAAAAUAUAGAGUUGAAUAAUAGCAGAGAUAUAAUAAAAUAUAAACAAAAUAAUAUGGAUUUAAUAAAUAGAUUAAGCUUAAAUAAUUCAUUAAUGAAUAAUCAGAAAAUAGAAAUAGAAAAUAUGCACAUAAAUUAUAAACAAUUAGAAGAGGAAUUAAAAAAUAAAGAUAAUGAACUAAAAAAAUUGCAUAGAAAUCUUUUAGCUAAAGAUGAGGAAAAUAAUAAAACUAUACAUGACAUGAACAGGUUAAAAUUUGAUUUGGAAAUAAAAAAUAUUAACAUUGUUAAUAUAAAAAAGAAAGUAAAAAAUAUAAAAAAGGAGUGUUCUAUUCGUUUAAAAAAGCAAAAAGAGCAUUAUAUUGGUGUUAUUAAUCAAAUAUACAAAGAAAAGGAUGAAAUUAUGAAGAACCAUAUAGAUGAAAUAUCUAAAUUAACAAAUCAUUAUAAUGAAGUAGUUUCUGCCAAUGAAAAUAUAAAAAAUGAAAUGAAUGAUCUAAAUGAUGAAAUCUUAAAAAAAUGUAGUGAGAUAGAAAAAUUGCAAGAUAAAUUGUUAGAUUGUGAAUCAAAAUUGUUAAUUUAUGAAAAUAAUAAUGAAAUCAAAAUACUAAAAAAAAAUGAAGAUCAUUUAAGAAAAUUGUUAAAUAAACAUAUACACAGAAAUGAACAACUAUUGAAUACUACUUUCCUUUUACAAAAGUCAACUUUAGAGAAUAAUUCACUAGAAAAAAAAAUAAUUGAAUUAAAAGCUAAAACAUAUAGAAAAGAUCGAGAAAUAAAAAAGUUGCAGGAGACAAACAACAAAAGAAAAUCAUUUAGCGAUUGUAGUAGUGAAAGUGAUGACAAAAAUAAUGGUAUCAAGGAUACUAGGGUUAGUAUGACAAAAAAUAAUAUCAAAGACGAAGAGAAUUUUAAAUCUUUAUUAAGGAAAACAAAUGAUAAAAAUAAUCUUGUAGUAUCAUCAUCAGAAAUAUCAAAUAAAAUUACCAGAGAAAAAGAGUCUCUUAAUUCAAUUAAGGAUGACCCAAUAUAUUUAGCUUUAUAUGAUUAUCUUAAUUGUUAUAGUAGAAAUAAUAAUGCUUUUAAAAUAAAAAAAGUGGAUACUAACACAUAUUUAUUAAAUGGAAAAAGAAUUAUAAUAAAAUUUAUUAAUGGUGAUUUAUAUGUAGAAGAUGAUAUUUACCCUGUUAAGCUACAAGAUUAUCUUUUAAAAAACAGUAUAUAUUAA